AUGCCCAUUCAGCGAUUUUGCUCACGAGAGGCAUCAGCGAGUCGUUUACGGUCGAUCUACGAGUUCGCGAAGAAAUCGCUGAGUAAUGUGGACGAAUUCUCGAGGGUCGAUCCUCGAGCCGUUUUCGUCAAUAAUGACUUGAAUUUGAAGAGGAUUGAGUGGUACGGCUUUGACUACGACUACACGUUGGCCGUUUACACCAGAGAUCUGAACGAGUUGAUUUACAAUUUGGCGAUCAAGAGAUUGAUAAAGGAUUUUCAUUAUCCAACGAUUCUCCAAACGAUUCCAUACGAUAAAGAAUUCGCGAUUCGAGGUCUUCACUAUGACAUUCAAAAUUGUGUUCUUCUAAAAGUCGACGCUUUCUCGCAAAUACAAAAAGGCACUGCCUAUCGUGGGAAACGAGCGUUAGAUGAUGCGGAGAUUUAUUCACUGUACGGUGGGAUCACUCUACCCGAUGAUAGGGGACGAGGGCUACCACAAUUGAUGGAUUUGUUUAGUUUACCCUUCUUCGGUCUCGUUUUGACAACAGUUCAAUACUUUGACGAUCACAAGAUUCACUUUGACCCAAACAGUCUCUACCAAGAUAUAGCGGAAUGCGUCAAACAGGUGCACGUCACCGGCGAAAUGUACAAGAGUGUGCUGAGCAAUAUGGAGAAAUACGUUCACAAGAAUCCGGGCCUCUCCGAGUACCUGCAACGGUUGCACAAAAGCGGCAAACAUCUAUUUAUGAUCACCAAUAGUCCAUUCACCUUUAUGAAUGCCGGGAUGACGUACAUGUUGGGACCGGAUUGGCGAGAGCUCUUCACUCAUGUCGUCGUGCAGGCUCGGAAACCCGAUUUCUUUCAGGGCAAAACCCCAUUUCGUCUUUUCAACGAGACAACCGGCAAUCUUCACUAUGAAAAAGUUCAAGAGCUGGAGCCCGGAAAAGUCUAUGCCGGGGGAAACAUUGGCGAAUUCGCUUCAAAAGCGAGUCUAACCGGCAAAGGAGUUUUGUAUUUCGGCGAUCACAUCUACACUGAUUUGGCCGAUCCAAUGUUGAGACUAGGCUGGCAUACGGCAGCAAUUGUGCCCGAGUUGGCCCGAGAGAUCCGUGCACAAAAUACCGAUGAGUACAGACGCUCAAUUCAAUGGCUUGAAACGUUGACAAAUCUCAUCGCGAACUUUCAAGUGGACGGUCGGAGAAAUGCCGAGUGCGGGCAGAUCAUCAAUGAAUGGGCCGAAGAGAGAAGGAAACUGCGAGAAAACGUGAAAGCGAUCUUCAAUCCACGAUUUGGUUCCAUGUUCCGAACUUAUCACAAUAUGACACUCUCCGAUUUCUACACUUCUCGAUUGCCGAAUUUGCUGAAAUAUGAUGUGGAUCACUCAUUUUUCCCACGAAGAAAUGCUCUCCCACACGAAAGCCUAAACGCCGUGCCAACCGUUUCCGAGAACAUGAUCGAUGAAAUCAAUCGGAAACACUCAAGUCAAGAACUGUGGUCGCUGCUGAGAAGAGCGCAAUGGGCGGCGGGCCAACAAAAAAUUGACCCGCCUAGAAGAAGGAUGGAGCUGGUGGACGCGAUCGAGAUUCCGCGCGUCGGCAACGUCUUCCUUCGACAGGGACCGCGACGAGAACAACGGGGAUCGCUGAUUUUGAUGGGCCAUCACAUGAUCUUCGCUCCACAAGCCGAUUCAUCAAACGAUCCAAACAACACGGCGAAUAAGGAGGAGUUCUGUAUUCUUCAUCGAAUGAUCGAUCGCGUUGUCAGCGAGCCCCGAUCGCGUGAUCCAAACUCGAAAGGAGGGAUCUUGACGCUAAAGUGCAAGAAUUUUAUGAUUUGCGUCUUCGAGGUACUCGAGCUGGACGAGUGUAUGGCUGCGGCGAGAACAAUCGAAACGUUGAGCAAUUUGAACGGUUUCUCUCUCGACUACCCAUUCUUCUAUCGAUGCCCGUUUACGAUUCUCGACGAUGGAUGGAGGCACUUGAUGUUGAAAGAUUUCAAGGUUUGUGCAUCUUAUCCGGAGAAGGUGAUCGUUCCGCGAGGGAUUGGCGACGACUAUCUGAGGAUUUCGGCCACAUUUCGUGAUGGAGGACGUUUCCCGGUGUUGGCCUACUUUCACAGGCAUACAAAGUCACCGAUCUUCCGAUGCAGUCAGCCGCUAAUUGGACCAACAAACAGACGGUGUAAGGAAGAUGAGACGAUUCUGAAUGCUCUUCUUUCAAAUGCACGAGGGAUUAUCAUCGACACAAGAAGUAAAGUGAAUGCACAAUCGGCUAAAGCUAAAGGAGGUGGCGCCGAGACGCAACAAUGCUAUUCGCAAUGGCGUUACGUCACUUGUGGAACACCGAGGAUCAAGGAUUUGCACGAUUCGCUUGCGAAAAUGGUUGAUGUCUCGAUCGACAAGUCAGUUUCAUCGGAUCGUUGGCUUUCCCGUCUCGCCUCAUCAUCAUGGCUUUCUUCAAUCGCCGAUUAUCUAAACGCGGCCGCGAAUGUGGCUCAAUGCGUUGCAUGUGAAGGUACCCAAGAAGUCCCAGUCGUUGUUCAUGGUGGUGAGGGUGUUGAUUCGACGAUUCUCGUCACUUCAUUGGCGCAAAUGAUUCUUGAUCCAGACGCGAGAACGAUUCGAGGAUUUCAAUCUCUGAUCCAGGGGCAAUGGAUA